GCCCCGAGCCGAGCGCCUGCCCCGAGCCGAGCGCCUGCCCCGAGCCGAGCGCCUGCCCCGAGCCGAGCGCCUGCGCCGCGCCGAGCCGAGCCGAGCCCCGCGGGCGGCGGACACGCGCGGCCGCGGCGGGCCCGGCAUGGAGGCGGAGUGCCGGGUGCUCUCCAUCCAGAGCCACGUCGUCCGCGGCUACGUGGGCAACCGGGCGGCCACGUUCCCGCUGCAGGUUUUGGGAUUUGAGGUUGAUGCACUGAACUCCGUCCAGUUUUCCAACCACACAGGCUACGCACACUGGAAGGGUCAAGUGCUGAACUCCGAUGAGCUGCACGAGCUCUACGAGGGUCUGCAGCUGAACAGCGUGAACAAGUAUGACUACGUGCUCACGGGUUACACGAGGGACAAGUCCUUCCUGGCCUCGGUGGUGGACAUUGUGCGGGAGCUGAAGAAGCAGAACUCCAAGCUGGUGUAUGUGUGCGACCCGGUGAUGGGCGACGAAUGGAAUGGCCAAGGCUCCAUGUACGUGCCCGAGGACCUCCUUCCGGUUUACAAAGAGAAGGUCGUGCCGCUUGCAGACAUCAUAACCCCCAACCAGUUCGAGGCUGAGUUACUGAGUGGCAGAAAGAUCCACAGUCAGGAAGAAGCCUUGUCGGUCAUGGACGAGCUGCACGCCAUGGGCCCGGACACGGUGGUCAUCACCAGCUCCAACCUGCCGUCCCCGAGGGGCAGUGACUACCUGAUCGCGCUGGGGAGCCAGAGGAUUCGGAACCCCGACGGCUCCGUGGUGACAGAGCGCAUCCGCAUGGAGAUGCACAGGGUCGACGCGGUCUUUGUGGGCACUGGGGACCUCUUUGCCGCCAUGCUCCUGGCGUGGACACACAAACACCCCAGCAAUCUCAAGGUGGCCUGUGAGAAGACUGUGUCUGCCAUGCACCACGUCCUACAGCGAACCAUCAGAUGUGCAAAAGCCCAGGCAGUGGGAGGGCUGAAGCCCAGCCCGGCACAGCUGGAGCUGAGGAUGGUCCAGAGCAAAAAGGACAUCGAAAACCCGGAGAUCGUGGUCCAGGCCACGGUGCUGUGAGGCCCCUGGGCCACCCGCCCCCAACGCACAGCGUGUGGUGUCUCCCUUGUCGUCCUGUGAACACGUAGCGUCUGCCUUAGAGCUGUGACUGAAACUUGGUCUUCUUUUUCUUUCAUGAGUGUCCAGUAUCCACCGGUCUUAAUUGUGAAAACGUGCUGGUCGUGCUUUUCAGGAGUAACAAAGCAAUCACAGAAAUCUGUAAUUUGGGGAACGUAGCUCCUCACGGCUCUCCUGGCUCAGGGCGCCAUGUGUCCCGACCCAAGUAGCCUAGGGCUGCGGAAGCCCAGGCUGUAGGUGUCCACGAGGAACCCUUGGGUUUUAACCAUUUGCGCCUGGAAGGGUCUUGCCAAAUCUCUGUGUUGUCUUUCUGACCGACCCUCUCUGCUCCCACUUCAGGCGUCUUGGUUGUCACUUAGCCGUUGGGGAGGUCGCCGGGGAAGGUUGUCCCAUGGGGACCGUUUAACACCAGCUGGCCCGGCACACAUGGGCACUGUGCGGUCACGCUGGGGGGCACCUUUCCAGGACCCAAACAUUCAGGUGGUCUGCAUGUGUUGUGCCCAUCCAUGGGACCAGGGACCUGCAAGUUGACAUGACAGAGACGAGGAAAGGUCCUGUGGGUUGGGGACAGCUUGUGGGAGCACUAGCACAUUGUGCUCCCUAGUCAAUGACACGGCAGGUCGAGUAUACACUGUGUUUGCCCCCUGUUGCAGGGAACAGGUGUGUCGCACACGGAGCCAGGGCAGAGAUGGGUGCAGGAGGGCAGAGGGGGACAGCUGCCCCUCCCCGCUGCCUCUGCCUUCUGUGCCACCCGGAAGCUGGGAAGCAAGAGGCGGGUCGAAAAGCCAGCUGCAGCUGUGCCCAGCCCUCGCAGGGUAGGGUGUUGGACCCCAGGGAGGGACUGGGGCACAGUGCCAGAGGAGCGGCUCCCAGUAGCCGCUGACGGAGGCCACAGCCGAGGCCUGGGCACCAGGCUGGUUGUCUGCUGCCGGGGUGGUCUGUCUGGCCCCACUUGGCCCAGAAUUUUGAGGACUCCCAGGUGUAGCUGUGAGGAGGGAGGCGUGCCCGUCCCGUAGACUCGGCCUGCCUCGAUCGCAGCUCCCAGCCCCUGAGCCCCCGUCCCUCUGUGUGUGGGGGUGCAGAGGUCCUCCUCUCCCGGGAGCCCCCUUGCGCACGUCCCACAGGCAGGUCCUGUCCUACGGCCCACACCCCCGCUGCGGCAGUUCCCCAUGACCUCCAGAACCACUGCCACCCCCUUGGCGCGGUGUUUCCACUCCGGUGAGGACGUCCCGAAACAAAAGCCGGCCUCCGUGUUCUAUCCGCUUUUCUUUUUCCCUGUCCUUCCACGUCCUGAGUGUCCUCACUCGCGCAGCAGUACCCGGUGGCUGUGCCCGGGCUCGGGGUUCGCGGCUCCCAUGGCGGGCGCGGGUCAGGGCAUGUGUCCCUGUCCUGUGUCCUGGUUCUGAGGACCGGGCUCCACUUAGCCCUGGGGCAGAGCCUGGCUGCCUGUCACUGCCAAGCAGAGCUGGGGAGACGGCCACGCCACCAGCCAGCAAAGGAAGGUUUUUUCCCCCUCUUUUUUAAUACUGAGAGCGAGGGUAAGAUGGGAAGGAUCCUGAGUGUGUGUGUGCCUGCAGUGCAAUGGCAGAAAAGCCUCCGCACUGCUACGGUGGGGGCUGGAGGGGCUCGCUGGGUCUGUUCGGUGGCCUUGGGGAGCCCCCUGCAAACACUGUCCGUCUGCCUGUUCACCUCUUAUUUCAGAGGCUCAGCCUUUGUGCCCCCCUGACUUCCUUCACUGGUACUAUAUGUACAAAGCCUCCUGCCCCCUCAUCAGCUUUCUGGCGGGGUCCCGGGCGUCUUCCUCUGUCCCUCUGACUCUGAAGCCCCAAGCACUGGGAGAGGUGGUGUCUUGUGCCCUGGCACCCAGCAGCAGGAACCUGGUGUCCUGAGAGCCUCUGCAGAGUGCGGGGCUCCUGUAGAAACGGUGUCCGGUUCCGUCAGCUUCCGUGGGAGACCAUCCAACCCUCCAGCUCCCAGCAAGGUGUGUGUGUCCCAUGCUGCCGCUGAGCCCGUGCGAUUCUGGGCUCUGUCCUCCGUGCACCCAGAGCCCCCGGCUUGUCUUGCUUACGAUUUCCCAUCCAGAAGUGCACGUGGUCGUUAGUGGUGUUUUUAUACAGGUUGGGUCCAGAUUAGAAUUAAUCUUUGUUUCUAUUUUCCAUAGUCUAGUAACACGUGAAGUAAUAAUUAUAUAUUUUAAGAUGAGAGAUGUAUUGGUCUUAAAUCACCUGCUUAUGACCAGAUUACAGAUUUCAGUAGUUCUUCAAAGCUUCUGUAGACCUUAAAAAUCAAUUACAAAAUACCCUUUUUUAAAAAAUAUUUUCAGAUCAUUGCCGAGUCCUGCUGAGGUGAUCGUGUUAAUCUGCAUUAUUUUUGUAAUACAUGUCAGCGGUGGUAAAA